UGCCAGCUCCGGCCUGCACCAUGAGUGAGGAGCGGCGGCUGCCCGGCAGUGCGGUGGGCUGGCUGGCGUGCGGAGGCCUCUCCCUGCUGGCCAACGCCUGGGGCAUCCUCAGCGUCGGCGCGAAGCAGAAGAAAUGGAAGCCGCUGGAGUUCCUGCUGUGCACGCUGGCAGCCACGCACAUGCUCAACGUGGCCGUGCCCAUCGCCACCUAUGCUGUGGUGCAGCUGCGGCGCCAGCGCCCUGACUACGAGUGGAGCGAGGGCCUCUGCAAGGUCUUCGUGUCCACCUUCUACACCCUCACCCUGGCCACCUGCUUCUCCGUCACCUCCCUCUCCUACCACCGCAUGUGGAUGGUCCGCUGGCCCGUCAACUACCGGCUGAGCAACGCCAAGAAGCAGGCGGUCCACACCGUCAUGGGCAUCUGGACGGUGUCCUUCAUCCUGUCCGCCCUGCCCGCCGUGGGCUGGCAUGACACGAGCGAACGCUUCUACACCCACGGCUGCCGCUUCAUCGUAGCCGAGAUCGGCCUGGGCUUCGGCAUCUGCUUCCUGCUGCUGGUGGGCGGCAGCGUGGCCAUGGGCGUGGUCUGCACAGCCAUCGCCCUCUUCCAGACCCUGGCUGGGCAGGUGGGGCGGCGGGCGAACCGCCGUACCUUCACCGUGCCCACCAUUGUGGUGGAGGAUGCCCAGGGCAAGCGCCGCUCCUCCAUUGACGGCUCAGAGCCCGCCAGAACCUCGCUGCAGAUCACCGGCCUGGUGGCCACCAUCGUGGUCAUCUAUGACUGCCUCAUGGGCUUCCCCGUGCUGGUGGUGGGCUUCAGCAGCCUGCGGGCCGACGCCUCUGCGCCCUGGAUGGUGCUGUGCGUGCUGUGGUGCUCUGUGGCGCAGGCCCUGCUGCUGCCUGUGUUCCUCUGGGCCUGUGACCGUUACCGGGCCGACCUCAGGGCCGUCUGGGAGAAGUGCAUGGCCCUCAUGGCCGAUGAUGGGGACUCGGAGGACGGGUCUUCAGAGCCCCGAGUGCCCUCCAAACAGGUCUCCUUCGCUGUGACCUGUCUCGCUCAGUUUCCUUCUGCCAUGAGCAAGUGA